UCUAAAAUAAAUAAUAAGAAUAUCCAGUGUUUGAAAGAAGCUGCUCAGCAAAGUAAACACAGAAAUGCAUUCUGGGUCGAAAUUAAUAUGGCAGCCCGCAGGUUACCCGUGGAUUACUGCACAGUUUAACCAUUAUUUGACACAACCAGGUUAUACUGUUUCUGAAGAAAGCACGUAUCAUGCUUCAGAUAAUUUGUAGUAAAGCAAGCAUCGCUGCACCAUUUCGGUAUUUGUCGGUAAACCAACGGUGCAGUAAACCAACAGACAUCUGGAAGCUGUCACGAUGGUAUACCUCACCAAAAUCUAGUAGAUACUACUCAUCACAACAGGGUGGUAAACCUACUGCUCUGAUAUGGCGCGUCACUCAGAGAGCAAUUGGCCAGUUAGCCAGACGCACAUCAAACUCACAGAGAGUUUCUCUGAAGUUCCUUGUGGGACCAGCUGCACUGACUGUGUCUGCGCGACUGUUCUGCCAUGUGGCUUGUUGUGAGGCCGAUGUGAAUAACAAUGAGCUGGUGGUGGAUGCAGACCAACAGACUGUGCCCGAGUUUAAAUGGCAUAUCCUGUGGCAAUUUGUCCGACCUCAGCUCCUCGCUCUUAUUGGAGCUGUUGUGCUGGCUUUUGCUGCAGCCAUCUUGAAUAUUCAAAUCCCUCUAAUGCUCGGGGAUCUGGUGAAUGUUGUGGCCCGAUAUCUGAGGGAAAAUACUGGGAGUUAUGUCCAUGAGAUUCGGAUUCCUGCUCUGAAACUACUUGGACUGUAUGGUAUUCAAGGCCUACUGACAACUGGCUACAUCAUCCUGCUUUCUCGGCUGGGGGAGAGAGUGGCAGCAGACAUGAGGAAGGCCCUCUUUUCCUCUUUGCUAAGACAGGAUGUGGCUUUCUAUGAUGCUAAUAAAACUGGACAGGUGGUGAAUCGUUUGACAGCAGACAUUCAAGAGUUCAAAUCUUCAUUCAAGUUGGUUAUUUCUCAGGGUCUACGGAGUAUUACGCAGACAGUUGGAUGUUUCGUUUCCCUUUACAUCAUGUCUCCUAAACUCACAGGUUUGACGGUAGUCGUCCUCCCCUGUUUAGUGGGAGCUGGAGCUCUUAUUGGAACAUUCCUGCGCAGGCUAUCCCGCUUGGCUCAAGAACAGGUGGCAAAAGCAACAGGAGUGGCAGACGAGGCUCUUGGCAAUGUGCGGACAGUGAAAGCCUUUGCCAUGGAGGAGCGUGAGCUUGAGUUGUAUGCACAUGAGGUGGACAAAUCCAGAGACAUGAAUGAAAAUCUUGGUGCUGGAAUAGCAUUUUUCCAGGGACUGUCAAACAUAGCCCUAAACUGCAUCGUGCUUGGAACAAUUUUUGCUGGAGGCUCUUUAAUUUCCAGAAAUGAGAUGUCUCCUGGAGACCUGAUGUCUUUCCUGGUUGCCUCUCAGACUGUUCAAAGGUCCAUGGCCAGUAUCUCCAUCCUUUUUGGACAGAUUGUAAGAGGACUUAGUGCUGGUGCCCGGGUUUUUGAAUACCUAGAUUUGAAACCAAGCAUCCCACCGUCUGGUGGAGGAUGUAUACCUUACAAUUCUCUGAUGGGCAGAGUGGACUUCAUGGACAUUUCAUUCAGUUACCCAACAAGACCUGGCCAUCAGAUUCUGAACAAGUUUAACCUUACUCUACCUCCAUGUAAAACUAUUGCCAUUGUUGGAGAGUCUGGAGGAGGAAAGUCUACCGUGGCAUCUUUGCUGGAGCGGUUCUAUGACCCAACUGGUGGUGUAAUCAUGCUGGAUGGACUGGACAUCCGAACACUGGACCUCACGUGGCUUAGAGGUCAAGUCAUUGGAUUUAUAAACCAGGAGCCUGUUUUGUUUGCGUCAUCUGUCAUGGAUAACAUCCGCUUUGGGAAACCUGAUGCCACAGAUGCUGAGGUGAUUGAUGCAGCCAAACAAGCCAAUGCUCAUCGCUUCAUCACCAGCUUCCCAAAUGGUUAUAACACUGUGGUUGGUGAGCGAGGGGUGACACUAUCUGGUGGCCAGAAGCAGCGCAUUGCAAUUGCCCGCGCCCUAAUCAAGAACCCCAGCAUCCUGGUACUGGAUGAAGCCACCAGUGCGUUGGAUGCAGAAUCUGAGCGUGUUGUUCAAGAAGCUCUUGAUAGAGCCACAAGGGGUCGCACUGUGCUCAUCAUCGCCCACCGACUGAGCACCAUUCAGGCAGCAGAUCUUAUAUGCGUCAUGAGCAAUGGUCGGAUUGUGGAGGCUGGGACUCACUCUGAAUUGCUGACCAAAGGAGGACUUUACUUCGAUCUGAUCCGCAGGCAACGAGCCGAGGGACAGAAAUGAACAUCGCAAAACACUGUUUUUGUAGAUCCAAGAUUAAUAAUGAAACGGGAUUAUAAUGAUUUGUAUAAAGCUGCUCUAAAUCUAUCAGUUUCAUGUCAACUUUUGGGACUCAUUUUACAAACUAAAAAAAUCAAGUCUAACAGAAUCAGCCUGUGGCACUUCCACUGUCUUAAAGAUGAGAUAAUAGUGUUGUAUGUUAUUUUGUAUAGAAUGAAAUGCUUUUAAUGUACUGUGAAAUAAUUAAAGUCUGUUUUAAUUAGU